GUUGGCAUAAUGGGCGAAAUGGAUCCCGAAUUGCAGCAGGAAGUUCGCCUGUACGAGAACAGUGUUGAACGUGAACGUGUUGAUAAUAUGAGCGAACUGUAUGCUGUGCUGAACGCCCUGGAAUGCCUCAAGAAAGUGUUCAGUCGUGACUGCAUUGCACCCAAAGAGUACACCGCGGAAUGCUCAAAACUUCUUGUACAGUAUAAGGUAAUUUUGCAUGAACUAUGUUUUUUUAUUGUUCGUUUUUUACAGGUUUUUUAUGCGUUUUGUGCUGUGUAA